GGCGCACAGCCAUACACCAUCACCUAACACCUAACCCAUCACCCACCACCCACCACCCACCACCCAUCGCACACCUGCACCCCCCAAACUAUCAUUAACCUUUUUAUUCUUCUUCAAGUGGUAGUAGGCACGGACCAUCCCGAACCUAGUUUUAUUCCAUCUGAUAAUUGACCCUUUCACACCUUUACACAUUCAUACCUGCAUACCUUUACACCUCUUCAUCCUUCAUCCUUCACUUCAACUCUACCUAGACUAGAAACAUCUCAUCCACGUUUCUUUACAGACUAGAUAAAGGGCUAAUUAUAUCCACACAUUAACAUACACUCGAUAUAAACUCGAUAUCAGUACACACCUCAUCAAUCUUCACAAUGGGUUUACCCAGCUUUACUUCCACCCUCGCAGAGGACAUACACAACAUCAACAACCGCAACACAGACGUUGAUCACACUACUACAGUGGUUUUCAAUGAGGCUUGCAUAACAGACCCUAAUCACAAAGGCAUUUUCGCUACAUUUGAAUCAUCAGAUAUCUCGGCCCUUAACAAUAUCAACUCAACGAUAAUACCCAACGGCGCCAUGCGCCAAAGAAUAGUUGAAGCAAAGGCAAACCUUGACUAUUUUCAUCAUUGGAGCCCUAACUGGAGCGAGGUGAUGGGCAUAGAUGACAACACGGAGAAGUUAGAUCGCCAAGACCAUAACUCAGCCAAGCAAGUGAGAUUAGUCAGAGAUGAUAAUGUCUUCUGCACCAUUCAGUACCAAGGUCACAAUCCAGCCGACGAUGAAGGCAUCCCAGACGACAUUGAUGCCGAUAUCGAUGACUUAGUAGCGCGAGACCCUAAUGAGAGUCAGGAUAUUCUGUCGGCCGCCAUUCCUGGAAUCCUAGAAUCCGCUAUGGAGGGAGCUGGCCCUGAGUAUUUUGGAACACCUGACGACCCUAACUACGGACUGCAUUUGCUAGCCAAUAUGUACGCACACGAUGAGAUGAGCACAGAGACGCAGGCGGGAGAGUAUAAGGAAGGUCACUGAGCUACCUACGCCAGACACAUAGGCUUAACGAAGUUAUAUCAACAGUUCGAGGGCUACUUCGUGUGGUGUUACACAAUGGACUCGUGGCUGAAUUGAGUUUUCCUUUUGGAAUUUCAUUAUAGCUUUGUGUCGUUUGAGUCCUAUACUGACUGCCACAUAUCAAAGAUAUCAUAUCCCAAGCACGAGCCAGUAGAUAUCGGGCACCAGGCACCAGACAUUACCUAUACGAUUCGACGCAACAUACAUGCGGUAGGACUUGGGGAUUUAUGCAAGUUCUUACAGUAUGCAUCUCUCAAGGAGAAGAUAAGGAGAUUUGGGUUCGACGCGAGCAUUGACGAAGACUCGAGACCAUGAAGCAGUGAACGGAUACGGAGCUGAUCCUGGACCUCCUAGGGGUAGCCAUCACUAAUUAGAUUUAAUUUCAUUGUUCACACCCAAGUAAUCGUCUUAACUGAAGAUGACAGUAUGUACCUUUACAUGUUGUUUACCUAACUUCAAU